UGUUGUCGGAUUGUCUCAGUGCCUGGCUGCGAUCAGGACAACGUUGGCUUGGCUCGUUUUGGCGCCCGCUUUUGCCGUGAGAACGGCCUGAGCAGUUGCGCCGCGUGCGUCUGUGAGGCGGCAGUGUGCACAUGUCGUUGUGGUGCCCGGCGGGCUGUCGUCCUGCCGAAGGACACGUCAUGCCGACAGGAGCGAGAGGUUGGGCCCGUCUGCCCGGGGCCGACUGGUCCACCAGCUGGCACUGCCUCGAGGUCGGCCUGCGCUGGUCAGACGGCACAAGAGCACUGCUUGAGUCGGCCAACAGAUGGAGGCGGAAAACCACACUCGUGUAAACUUAUCGACCAACCGCCAGGCCAUUAUCGGGCGGUCAGAAAAGGUAGGGAUGUCGUGUCGCCGGUAGCCUCAGAGGUCGUCGGUACUGCCACCGUUCGCGAAGACUAG